AUGGCGCUGGUCGCCGAGCGUGCACCGGCUCAGCAACUUUCUGUCGGCUUCUUCGAUGCAUGGGGCUACAGCCGUCCCUGCGGUGCGAUGACGGCCAAACAGGUAGACACCACAAAGUAUACCCACGUCCUUUGGAGCUUCCUCACUAUCAAAGAUGACUUAUCCCUUGGUCUUGGUGAUGAAACACAAUGGAAGGAUUUUCUCGCCAUGCCAAACGUGAAAAAGCUUGCAUCCCUUGGUGGCGACAGCGUUGGUCACAAUCUGGCGACAGCUCUCAAGAAGGACAUGGAUGGCUUCGUUAACAAAAUCGCCGACUUUUUGGACAAGAACAAAGGCCUCGACGGUCUUGAUAUUGAUUGGGAAUUCCCGGACGCCAAUGAAGCAAAUACCAUCUACCUUGACUUCGUUCGCAAGCUGCGCUCCAAACUUGGCCCAGGAAAGAUCUUGUCCGUUGACGUUCGGGUUGAUGACUCGGUUCUGACAUGGCCUCUCAAGGAAAUGGCAAAAGAAGUCGACUUCUUCAUCGUCAUGUCAUAUGGCUACUACUCCUACAAGUGGGGUGCUACCGCGAAAUACGACUGCCCAAGGGGAGACUGUUUACGCCCCCAUAUGGACCUCAGAAGGGUCACUGAGACCUUCGGUUGGGUCACGAAAGAUGUCCCAGCUAGCAAAUUCGUCAUGGGAAUUGCAAACUAUGGAAAUGGUGUUGUGCUGGCAAAUGCUGCGUGUGUCGACCCUCGCGACAAGGCCUGCACUUACAUCAUGAACCAAGCCCCCGCUGAGUCCCGCUGUAUGAAGGGCAGUGACGCCCGAGGAACAUUUAUCCUCAACGAGAUCAGAACCAUCGUUGCGGAAAAGAAGCCCGGCACUCAGACUUUGUACGACAAGGACAGCGACUCUAGCAUUCUGAUCUACAACAACCCCAAUGCCAUAUGGAUUGGCUAUCUGGACGACAACACCAUAGCAAGUCGAAAGCAGCGAUAUGCGAGCUGGGGUGCAGCGGGCAGCGCUGAGUGGACCCUUACCAUGAGGUGA